AUGGAUCCCCGGGAAAUCGUUAAUCUCCCAAUUCUUUCGAAUGAUGCCUCUGCCGUCGAGUAUCGACCGCACCAAGUGAGGAGCAUGACAAAGAGCGAGCUAAUUUCGGUGGCGAAAUUUCUCGUAUUGUUCAAGAAGCGAGAUCAUCCGCGGAUGCUCCAAUACUUUCUACACAGUCUCUUCGAUGGAAAGCAAACCGCCGUUCGGAUUCAUCCCUAUUUGUACAAUCCAUACUUCUUUCUGACGAACCUCAACGGACAUUUCACCGUUUUCAUCGGAAAGAAGUUCAACUCCCACGACAUCAACCAGCUGUUGGAGGUGCGAGAUAACAAUGCGGACGUGCUGUUGCGUAAUGCCGAACAUCCGGAUCCAGGGGCCGAGGAUGAUAUUGAAAUGCUGAACUUAAUUGACUCCCACUACCGCCAUCGAACAAGGCCUGAUGGAGGUGAAAAUAUUAUCACAGAAGAUGUUGAUGAGCAACGCCUUCGUGAAAAAGUCGAUGCGGUUCGCGCAAAGAUGAGACUUGCGCGUGAGUUGGAGGCAGAACGAAUCGCGGAAGUUCUAUCUCAUAUUGAAGAAAGCCAAGAUGAUAUUCAAUUGGAUCAACCGCAAGAAAGUAAUGCUUCAAUGGACGAGUCUCGCCUAACGCCACCAGUUUACGUGGUGGUUUCCGAUGACGAGUCACCCAAACCGACUACUUCAACAUCUGGUGGUGUCAAUACAACUACCAUUCCAACUAAUGAAGAGUGUAGUGAGCCGAAAGAGGAAAAGAAAAAAGUUGAUGUUGCGGUUGUGGUCACGGAGAUCACUCCUACCAUCUGCAGCACUCCAUCCAAUCCUUUUGUGAACAUGUCCGAUAGAUCUCCAUCUCCACCGGUCAACCACCGUGAAAUGACUCUAGCAGAGAAGCGCAGGGUUCACUUGCACUUCGUCCGCUUGCGAGUCAAUGCUGAUGUUGAUGAGGUCCGACAAUUCUUAAACUCCGUUUUUAAUGGAGAAGAAGAAUCUGUUCUCAUCGAUCCGUUACUUUCCAAACCCUACUUAUUCUUUUCUCUCAUUAUCGACCUCGAUGCCAUAAUUUUUCCAGCCGGUACCACUUUUGAUUUCGAUGGUGUCUCGAUGCUUCUCGACAUUCGUGCUCGUAACGUCGAACUCACUAGACCAUUUAUGAUUAAUGCCAUUAACGACGUUUGGGUUGAAGAAAUUCAUCUGGUGGGAGAAUCAGUUGUUUAUUUUUCGGUUUACCUUCUUUAUUUAAACUAUCCCAAUUAUAUUGUUGAGGAAGAAUUCAUGGAAGAUCUUGCUGAGAUUGUCGUCCACUCUCUAGAAAAUCAAGACGAGUAA